AUGUUCACACCAAAUUAUGCAACAAUUGCCAAGGAGCUAGUUAGUCUCACAAGAAAAGGAGUCAAAUUUGUAUGGGGGCCAGAACAACAGCAAGCAUUUGAAACUCUUAAGCAAAUCCAGUGCAGUAAUCCGGUGUUGGCUUUCCCCGAUCGUCAUAAGGUGCAAAUACUUAGCGUUGAUGGCAGUCUAUCAGGCCUUGGUUGUGUUCUUACCCAAGUAGAUCAAUUCAAUGAGCAUGAUCGCAGUAAUGAGCAAGUUAUUGGCUAUGGUUCCAGAAGUCUCAGAGGGUCUGAAAAGAAUUGGCAUAUUCAUGAGGUCGAGGCUUUCGCAGUGGUUUGGUCAAUCCAACAUUUCCAACACUACCUUAAAGGAAGAGAAUUUAUAUUGAUCACAGAUCAUUCAAGUUUGGUGUAUAUCUUCAACCCAACUAAGCAAUCUCCCAAGCUGUCAAGAUGGUGCGCUGCUGUCAUGGAAUAUAAUUUCAAGAUCUUGUACAAACCGGGUCCCUCUAACAUAGCUGAUCCGCUAUCGCGCUGCAUUCCAUUACCCGAGUUUAUCAAGGAAUUUGGGCCUGCUCGAAUUGUGUAA